AUGUUGCUCGAUGAAGAUCCUGCUACUCUUAUCCAACACACAAUCGGAAACUUCAAUAUCAACCCCGACAAACUCGCUGUGACCCGAAUCAAUGAAUCCUUGACGACCCUUCAGCAAUCGCGUGACUUGCGCAUUCGCGAAGCAGAAACUGCUCUCCGAAAAUUAUCCCGCAACCUGAAAUCCCUAGAAACCAACUAUGAAGAGACCGUGGCCGCGCACGAUCCGGCCCGUCACGCCCAGGAGAUUCUCGAACUCGAUGCGCAAAAGUUCCGUAUCGCAAAGGCCGCAUCCGAUUUGGAGAUUGAGUCCGAACGUUUGGAGGGAGAUUUGGAGAUGUUGAAAGAACGGUUGGCGGAGCUCGAAGCACAGGGUCUGGAGGGUGAUGAAACUGUACGCCGAGAGAGGGAGGCUGAUGAUGCUACUAUAUUGCGACUUAAGGUCUAUCGUUCUCUCGGCAUUGACGUUGAAGCCGACGACGCUGGAAAUUACAACAAGGCUAUUAUCCGAAAUAGUCGCAAGGGGGAUGUUCAUGUGGUCAACAUCGAUCCGAAAUUCUCUCGAUUUUUCUAUGCGAACUAUUUUUGGCAGACUAUGCAAGGUUAA